UAUUGUGAUUUCAAUUUGUAGCUACUCUGCGUGAAAAUGUAUUUUUAAAACAUGAUUUUUAAAUAAAAGUCGGCAUGCCACCAAGUCGUUUAGAUUCUAUUUAUCGACGCUUGUUGAUAACUAAGUUUUUCACAAAAGGAUGGGGUAAACCAGAAAACUUACAAAGGUUGUUUGAAUUUAGAAAAAUUAUAUCAAAAAGAGAAAAUUGCUUUAAACUAGUAGAUAAAGAUUAUCCUGUGACUAUAACCAAGGAAGAAGUGUGGUCUGACUGCCGCGUUUUAGAGGGCCAUUUUGUGACACCACUUGAUAAGUUUUUACCAGACUUAGUUCCCGAAGCAGCAAAAUCUGCCCAUUUUCAAAUUUUACUACCUUUAAAAUGGAAAGAGAACAAUUUCAAGCCUAUGUGUUUACAUUUGGCUGGCACAGGAGAUCAUUAUUUUUGGAGAAGACGUAAUAUAAUGGCCAAACCUCUUUUAAAAGAGUCAGGUAUCGGAUCUAUCAUUUUAGAAAACCCAUUCUAUGGCUUAAGGAAACCUAAAGACCAAGUGCGGUCUUGCCUUCACAAUGUGACCGAUAUAUUCGUAAUGGGAGGAUGUCUAGUUUUAGAGUCGCUAGUUCUAUUUCAUUGGUGUGAACGGAAUGGUUUUGGCCCGUUAGGUGUUACUGGCCUUUCUAUGGGUGGUCAUAUGGCGUCAUUGGCUGCCACAAAUUGGCCAAAACCAAUAGUCUUGGUUCCUUGUUUGUCAUGGUCGACAGCUUCUGCAGUUUUUACCAGGGGUGUUCUAAGUCAAUCAAUUAAUUGGGAACUGUUAGAAACACAAUAUUUAUCUGACGGGGUAUAUAAAGAAAAGCUUUCUAAAAUGGUUACAAUAGUUGAUGAUGCGUUUCUCGCAGGAAAGCGUUUUGUGCAAAAUUUUAGUCAAAGCAUGUCUGAGUUAAAACAGGAUAUGCAACAGCAUUUGGAUGGUUCAGCCACAAAAGAAGUGGAUUUGAAAUUAAGUGCUAUAAAAAUUGAUAAUGAUGUUAACAAGCCGAUGAAUAAGGUAAUUAGGCAUUUAAGUGAUCAGCCUGUUAAAAUUAAUAAUCCUAUGUCUUUGGAGUUGAUAAAUAAAAUUACCUCAGAUGCAAAGUUUGAGUUGAAUUCUCAGGAAAUUUGUGAAUUAAAUAAAAUGAAUUCUUCAGAAACGCCGUCAAGCUUUGAUCAAAAUGCUGAGGAAAAUGAGAGGUAUAGGUAUAGUAUUGAUUCAUCAGAAUUUAAAAAAAUUGAAAGUGAUUGUUGUUCGGAACCCAAUGCUGUUAACAUUAUCAAAAAUGGCAAUGUUGGAGUUCUAGAACGAAAUAUUGAAAAAAUUACUGACUCUUCUGUGAAUGAAGGUAUGAAAAAAUACAUGAGCGCCAUGCUUUGGAAAAAUUCUGAUGAAGAAAAUUUUGAUGUCAAAAAGCUUAAUUGGAGGCAGCGAGAAGCAAUGCAAUUUAUGAGGGGUGUAAUGGAUGAAUGCACUCAUCUUAGUAAUUUCUCAAUUCCAUAUGAUACUUCUCUAAUUAUUGCUGUUUGCGCUAAAGAUGAUGCAUAUGUUCCUAGAGAUAAUUGUGGCAAUCUAGAAGAUAUUUGGCCUGGAGCAGAGGUGCGAUACGUUAAUGCUGGUCAUGUUAGUGCCUAUGUACUGCAUCAAGGUCUUUUCCGUUCGUGCAUUAAGGAAGCUUUUGAAAGAUACAGAAAGAAAUGGAUGAACAAUGCAGAUUGCACAUAACAACCAGCUUACAAGAAUAUAUUUAUCAGCAAAGAA